GAAAAAGGUUUGGCGCUAUCUACUACGCUGAUUUAACUUUGCACAAUUUUCCAGUGUUGGCAUUGGACAACUACAGCAACAUCCUGUACCGAAAAGUCCUUUGUUGCAGUCAAAAUGAUGUGCCCAAUGAUAAUCAAAUGGUUGGGUAUCACGCUUUGGGUCCUGCAUGCUGGAAAUCCUGUGCAAGCCAGUAGCGAUGAAUGCUGGACUCCGUGGUUUGAUCGAGACAACCCUUCUGGUACUGGAGACUAUGAAACACUUUCCAAGCUGCGUAAAGAAAAUCCAUCGAAGAUCUGUGUCCAGCCGGUUAAAAUUGAGGUCAAAACCAAAGCUGGAGCUGAUGUUGGAUUAACGGGCGAUGUGAUUCAUGUAUCUGAUGUGCACAGGGGAUUUGUUUGUCGAAAUCGUGAUCAGCCGCAACAUGGUCCUUGUGCAGAUUAUAAAGUUCGUUUCUUGUGCCCACUUGAAUUUUGCAAACCAAAAGAGGAACCAGAAUGCUGGACUUCAUGGUUUGAUCGGGACAACCCCUCUGGUACUGGAGACUAUGAAACACUUUCCAGGCUGCGCAAAGAAAACCCCUCAAAGAUUUGUGACCAUCCUGUUAAAAUUGAGGCCAAAACGACAUCAGGUGCCAGUAUUGGUUCAACGGGGAAUGUGAUUCGUGUAUCUGACACGAUCAAAGGAUUUAUUUGUCAAAAUCGCGACCAGCCACAAAAUGGUCAUUGUGCAGAUUAUAAAGUUCGUUUCUUGUGCCCACUUGAAUUUUGCAAACCAAAAGAAUGCUGGACUUCAUGGUUUGAUCGAGACAACCCCAGUGGCACUGGAGACUACGAAAUGCUUUCCAGCCUGCGCAAAGAGAACCCAUCGGCGAUCUGUGACCAGCCAGUUAAAAUUGAAGUCAAAACAACAUCUGGUGCCAGUGUUAGUUCAACGGGGAAUGUGAUUCAUGUAUCUGACCCGAUCACAGGAUUUGCUUGUCGAAAUCGUGACCAGCCCCAAAAUGGUCGUUGUGCAGACUAUAAAGUUCGUUUCUUCUGUCCUCUUGAAUUCUGCAAACCAAAAGAAGAACCAGAAUGCUGGACUUCAUGGUUUGACCGCGACAACCCCAGUGGCACUGGAGACUAUGAAACUCUUUUCAAACUACGAAAGGAAAAUCCCUCAAAGAUUUGUGACCAUCCCGUUAAAAUUGAGGCCAAAACAACAUCUGGUGCCAGUGUUGUUUCAACAGGGGAUGUCAUUCUUGCACAUGACACGAUCACAGGGUUUGCAUGCAGAAAUAGGGACCAGCGACACAAUGGUCUUUGUGCAGAUUAUGAAGUUCGUUUCUCCUGUCCUUUUGAAUUCUGCAAGCCUAAUGAUUGCUGGACUCCAUGGUUUGAUCGAGACAACCCCUCUGGUACCGGAGACUAUGAAACUCUUCCCAAGCUGCGCAAAGAAAAUCCAUCAAAGAUCUGUGACCAGCCAGUUAAAAUUGAGGUCAAAACCAAAUCUGGAGCCAUUGUUGGUUCAACAGGCAAUGUGAUUCAUGUGUCUAAUGUGCGUAGAGGGUUUGUUUGUAGAAAUCGUGACCAGCCACGAAAUGAUCGCUGCGCAGAUUAUCAAGUUCGUUUCUUGUGCCCCCUUGAAUUCUGCAAGCCAAAAGAAUGCUGGACUCCAUGGUUUGAUCGAGACGACCCUAGUAGUACUGGAGACUACGAAACACUUUGUCGCCUGCGCAAAGAAAACCCAUCAAAGAUCUGCGACCAUCCUGUCAAAAUUGAGGUCAAAACAACAACUGGAGCCAGUGUUGAUUCAACAGGCGAUGUGAUCCAUCUAUCUGAUGUCCUUAGAGGAUUUGUCUGUAGAAAUAGUGACCAGCCGCAAAAUGGUCACUGUGCAGAUUACAAAGUACGUUUCUUGUGCCCGCAUGAAUUCUGCAAGCCAAAAGUAUGCAAGACUCCAUGGUACGACAGAGACGAUCCAAGUGGGACCGGAGACUUUGAGAUACUUGAGAAACUCUACCUUGAUCAUCCCAAAGAAAUCUGCCCAAUUCCUCUCGACAUUGAGGUCCAAACAGUCACCGGAAGUAGCCUGUCUUCAUCAAAUGAUGUCGUAGCUGUAAUGGAUCCAACUAUUGGGUUUAUCUGCAAGAAUGCUGACCAGAAGAGUGGACGUUGCUCUGAUUAUAAAGUUCGUUUCAUAUGUCCCAUUGAUUUCUGCAAUAGAUAAUAAAAUGAAAUGUUUGUACAAAUUUGUAUUCAUUAGGGCAAGUAUAGGUACUCAUU